AUGCCGCAAAGUGCGACCCUGGCCAUUUGUGCCUCUUGGAUUCAACCGCGAUGUUUUGCCUUCUCUGCAGAGGAACAGCGGAUGAGCUUCCGUGUGAAAGCGGAGGACGUGAAGAUGUCCAAGCUGGCGGGUGGACUUUAUUUACGUACCACGCGAAGGCAGGAGACCCUUCUGGAUGGCAUGGGUCACAAGAGCAUUCAGAAUUGCGUCCGUAGCAUCAUCUUGGCGAACAAGUUCGCAGCGCAACAUCGAGCGGAAGGUGAUCCGGAGAAGAUCCCAUGGUUCUACCGACUGGGCUUUACACCCCAGUUGAGGAAGACCAGUGGCGAGCUGUGGGUGAGUCUGAAAGUCGUUGCCUUGGAGAGUCCCUACGUGGCCUCCGAGGGCCCUCCGGGCGACCGGCUACGGAUUGGACCGACGGCCGAGGUGGAAGGCGUCUCCACCACCAUCAUAUCCUCCUGGAGCAAGCGCUGCAAGGGUCAGACCUCUGAGCCACUGCUGCGCUGCAUGGGGGCUGCCAACGUGAGCAUGGCCGUGAAGGGCCUCGCGCGAGCGCGCAAGAACCUGAGUGAGCGCAAGGGCGUUUUGCGGCUCUUCGUGUGCUAUCCGGUCUUCGCGGAGGUCCGCUACGGUCUGGCGCCUUCCGUGGUUCAACGCUUAGACUUUGAGGACAUCCGGGAAGGUACCUUGCGACUGUUUGUCCUUCCCGGCUUUGAGGGUGACGUGCGAGUGGUGACCUUGGUGGACGAGUUGGCGGCCAAGGAGGUUUUGGCCCAAAUCCACCAUGAGCUCACAGGCGGCACGCUGCAGCGGAAGCGCCUGCUGGAGUUCCUCCACGCGGCGGCGGCGUCGCCGGCGGCGGCGAAGUGGCCCAGCAGUGGAGAGGUGAGCUCUGGGAACUUCGUCGAGAGCUUGCUGCAGAGGCCCGAGCCAGAGGUGCACGCCUCUAUCCCCGAAGGUGCCUUGUUCCCCCACCAGGUGGCCACAGUUGCAUGGAUGAAGCGCAUUGAGCGACAGGGGAAACAAAGCUUGCAGGUUGAGCCUUUUCACUUUGCGGGUACUACCUUGGGCUCGGCCUACACAAUGCGACUGCCCUUGGGUGGGGUGGUAGCACACCCACCAGGCUCAGGUGCACACCACACGACUCUGGGACUGUUGCCGCGGAAGAGACUCAUCAGUCUUCGGCAUUUUUCAGUUGGCUCGCUGCAGUCCGCUGCAGAGAAAGUCUUGAUCAGAGUCUCCCUGCGAGGCAAGACUCGUAUUGUGGCUGCUUUGGCCAGUGAACGUGCAUCAUUGCAGCAUGCACGGCCUGCUGCUAUGGAACUGCCGGCGCCGGGCAGAAGGAAGGCUGUUGAUUGGCUGCGUUGGUGUCCUUGUGGUGGCUCCAGUUUGAGGCCCUCACCAGAGGUGAGCGCGAAAACUGCCAGUCAGACCUCGAACUGUGCAGAGGCCGUAGUUCCCUCCGCCCAGAACCAGCUUCUACCACGCUGGAAAACCCUGAUCGUUGCGCCAGCGCAUUUGCUUCGGCAGUGGCAGGAGGAGCUCGCCGGGCAACGUGCCCAAGACGCCGAGGUCAUGGACUACGAGGCUGUGACGCAGCUUCGGGUCGGCGGAAGCGCUUGGAAGCGCUUGGUCAUUGAUGAACCACAGGAUUGCCCGGGCGCGGUCUGGCCUUCGCUGCAGCGGGUGGCGGAUGACUUCCGGGACGAAGGCGCAGCUGUCUGGCAGCUCUGUGGCACGGCCAAGAGCCAAUUGGAUUCCAUCGGCCCCUUGUUGUUGGGCCGAGAGGGCUGGCAUGUGGCCUGGCGCCAGUCUGAGUGGACAGGCUGCCCACAGCUGGCUCACCUUAUCCGCACACGCUUUUUAGCCGACCCCCCGUGGGCAUGUUUGCCACGGCCUCAACUCCAGGUGCACAAUGAGGCCGUGGUUCUUCGACCGCGCGAGAGCACGGACGUCGGAGUGGCCAACCUCGCUGGCUUCGUUCUGGACAGCGUGCUCCUCCUUUCCUUUGGCGCUGGGAUGGCUUUUGCCGCUGCGCAGGAGCGAGAUCAGCUGCUGCUGCAGAUGGGCUGGUACAGUUGCGUGGGCACCUCGCUGCUCCCGGUGGAAGAACAUGCGCUGGCGGAUUGGGAGGGCACCGUGCAGAGCCGAACCAAAGAGAAGUUAGAAAAGCUGCAAAAGGACGGUCUUGGGAGAUCUGGAGCCACCGAAAGCCAACAAGGCUUGCGCUAUCAGCUGGCGGCGGGGGAUGCCGCGCUCGCCCCGGAUUUGUCCUUUCUGUCGGUGGAGACGGUGCGCGUGCGGGAAGGGCUGGAGGAAGGGCUGGAAGUGGCUUGGCAGACCGCCAUGGCUUGCCCGGGCGCCGCAGCGGAGUGGAAUGCUUUGCUGCCAAGCCAAAGUUAUCAAGGCUCUGAGUUUGGUCGGGCGAUGUUGAUGCUGUGCAGGGCUCAGACGGACUUGUUAGGUUCAGCUUUGCGCUUUCUUCUUGCGCAGGCGCAGGGAGCUCUUGCGGUGAUCUUUGCAGCUCAGGCGGGGCCUGAGAGGCCCUUUGGCUACCACCACGACCGGACGCCACCAGGCGGGGUGAACGAACGCUGGUGGCCGAAGGUUUCCUUUUGCAAGCCUCAAAAUUCUUCGCUACUUACUUGGCUUGCUUUGGGGGUUAUUAGGUUUGCCUUCCGGCCAGGAAUCAUGACAUAG